CCGAAGCUUAAGAACUGCCGCGAGUGUGUGUUUUCUUUAGCAUUUUGUGCGUUAAAUAACAAAAGUACAUGGGACUACCAGUUUAAUCACUUUGUGCGAAUAAUAGGAUUUCAAUUAGCCAUACAUUUUCAAUAAUAAACGGGAAUGUUGAUACGGUUACAGGCGACCCUUGCGGUCGCCAUUCUUGGCUUCAUUAAGGUUACCUUAGCUCAGGAUCCAAAUAGUUUAUUCACAUGUCCAAAUGGUUGGGAACUUAGAGAACUACAUUGUUAUAAAUUUUUUAAUAUUAGGCAUUCAUGGGAAAAGGCGGCGGAAUUGUGCAGAAGAUAUGGAAGUGACUUAAUAGUAGUGGAAUCUUACACGGAAAACAAUUUAACGUCGUUGAUAGCGUCCUCAUCAGUACCAUUAGAUCGGAGAGGAAGCAAUCACUAUUGGUUAGGGUUAGCAUCACUCGAUGAUCUUAGAACAAACACGUUAGAAUCCGCGGCUGGUACCUUGGUGUCGCAAUAUUCAGGCUUCUGGUCCCUUAAUCAGCCAAAUCCAAAAGCUGGCGAAUGCGUCAACGUCGCUAUUUCCGACGAAGCUCAAUCAUGGGAGCUGACAACCUGCGAGAGUUUAAUGCCAUUUAUGUGCAAGACGAAAGCGUGUCCUUUAGGAAGUUUUCAUUGUUCAAACGGAAACUGUAUAAACCAAGCCUUUCGAUGCGACAAACAGGACGAUUGCGGAGAUUCGUCGGAUGAAAUCGACUGUACGUCAAACUGUAACUUUUAUAUGGCGAGCAGCGGCGAUGUAGUGGAAAGUCCCUAUUAUCCACAUAAAUAUUCACCCUUAACGAACUGCAAGUGGACUUUAGAAGGUCCCCAAGGUCACAAUAUACUACUACAGUUCCAAGAAUUUGAAACAGAAAAAAGUUUCGAUACCGUUCAAAUCCUUGUGGGCGGACGGACCGAAGAUACCUCCGUGAACUUAGCCACACUUUCCGGCAAACAGGAUCUAACCAAUCGAUCAUUUGUCUCCGCAUCCAACUUUAUGAUAAUUAAGUUCAGCACCGAUGCUUCGGUUGAAAGGAAGGGAUUUAGAGCUUCAUGGAAAACUGAACCUCAGGCGUGUGGGGGCAUGUUAAGAGCCGCUACCCAACCGAAUGUGCUAACAUCUCCAGGUUACCCCGAGCAAUAUCCUGGGGGCUUAGAAUGUCUAUACAUAAUCACGGCUCAGGUUGGAAGAAUAAUUACGUUGGAGGUCGACGAUCUAGACUUAGAUUUGGGUCGGGAUUACAUCUUGGUCAGAGAUGGGGAAUCGCCAAAGAAUCAACCAAUUGCUCGACUAACCGGUGACUUGAAGAGUAACAAUAGGGUUAUAAUUUCGACAAAGAAUCAUUUAUACGUUUACUUUAAAACUAGCCUGGGCGAUUCAAAGAGAGGAUUUAGAAUUCGAUACGCACAAGGUUGCAGAGCCACAAUAGUCGCCAGAAAUGGAACUGUGACAUCUCCAGCUUUCGGUUUAACCAAUUACCCAAACAAUCAAGAAUGUUUGUAUAAAGUUAAGAAUCCGUCAGGUGGCCCUUUGUCUUUAAAUUUCAACAAUUUUAACGUUGAUAAAUCCGAUUUUGUUCAAGUGUACGAUGGAUCAACAACCAGUGGUUUAAGAUUGCAUUCGGGCGAAGGCUUUUCCCAAAACUCUCUUCCAAAGAUUACUUUAACCGCAUCAAGUGGCGAAAUGCUGAUUCGUUUCGCGACAGAUGCCCUGCACAGCGAUAAAGGAUGGAGCGCCACGUUUUCAGCAGACUGUCCAUCACUGCAACCUGGGAAGAGCGCGCUAGCUUCAAGUAGGGAUACAGCUUUUGGUACCAUCAUCACUUUCAAUUGUCCCGCCGGCCAAGAAUUUGCAACCGGGCGAUCGCGAUUAACCACCCAAUGUUUACCCGGAGGCAAUUGGUCCAUCAGUUACAUUCCAAAUUGUCAGGAGGUGUACUGUGGUCCCGUACCGCAGAUUGAUAACGGUUUUUCUAUCGGAUCCAGUAAUGUGACCUACAAAGGAGAAGCCAUGUAUCAAUGUUACGCCGGUUUCGCAUUCCCAACUGGUCAUCCCAUUGAAAAAAUCUCUUGUCUCGCUGAUGGCCGUUGGGAAAAGAAACCACUGUGCCUAGCGUCUCAAUGUGCUGCGCUGCCCGAGGUACCCCACGCUAAUAUCACAGUACUCAACGGAUUAGGGCGAAGUUAUGGUACGAUCGUUAGGUAUGAAUGCGAACCAGGGUAUAUUCGUACCGGACAUCCGGUUAUUCUUUGCAUGAGUAAUGGAACGUGGUCUGGUGAUGUUCCCACUUGUUCCCGCUCAAGAUGUCCUACAUUCCCAGAAAUAAAGAACGGGUUUAUUACCGACACGUCUAGAAAUUACUUCUUUAACGACGAGGCAAGAGUUCAAUGUUUUAAAGGCUACAAAUUAAUUGGAAACGGUGUAAUCCGUUGCGACGAAAAUCAGCAAUUUAAUAGCCCUCCAAAAUGUGAAGAUAUCAAUGAGUGCGUAAACAGUCAGUGCGAUGUUGCUUCAACAGAAUGCGCAAACACAGCGGGGUCUUUUUCCUGCAAAUGUCGUAAAGGGUUUACACCUACCGUUGAAUGCAGGCCUGUAGGCGAUUUGGGUCUAAUUAACGGUGGAAUUCCUGACGAUUCCAUAACGGUGUCGGGUUCCGAAAGUGGAUAUAAUAAAGGGAUGGUAAGAUUAAACAGUGGGAGUGGUUGGUGCGGUAGUACCGCAGAGCCUGGUACUAACUGGGUUUUAGUGGAUUUGAGGGCGCCAAUGAUUAUUAGGGGUUUCCGUACAAUGAGCGUACAACGUUCCGAUGGAACGCUAGCGUUUACUUCUGCUGUAAGAAUUCAAUAUACGGACGAUCUAACCGACAUUUUCAAAGACUAUCGAAAUCCAGAUGGAACUGCUGUUGAAUUUAGAAUAUUAGAACCCACUCUGUCCGUAUUAAAUUUACCGGUGCCCAUCGAAGCGCAAUACAUUCGGUUUAAGAUUCAGGAUUACGUCGGAGCACCGUGCGUGAAGUUGGAAAUUAUGGGUUGCAGCAGAUUAGAGUGUGCAGAUAUAAACGAAUGCACGGAUAACAAUGGAGGGUGUGACCAAAAAUGUUCUAACACACCCGGUGACUUUUCUUGCAGUUGCAAUGUUGGCUACGAAUUGUAUACACAAAACGGUACAGCCGGCUACAGCAUUGAGUCCUCUGAGAAUGGAUUACGCGAUGGAGAUGUAUUCCAAGUAAAAAAAUCUUGCGUGCCAGUAAUGUGCCCCAGUCUGAGCGCGCCCGAAAAUGGAUUACUACUGUCAACUAAGGAUAAUUAUCACUUUGGAGACUUGGUCAGGUUCCAAUGCAACUUUGGAUACAUAAUGUCAGGCUCAUCUUCCUUACUUUGUACUUCAACAGGCGCCUGGAAUGGAUCUGCACCAGAAUGUCACUAUGCGCAAUGCGUCUCAUUGCCAGACCUGAAAAACGAAGGGUUAGCGGUAAUUCGAGCCGAUGAAUCUAGCGUCUUAGUUCCAUUUCGUGAUAAUGUAACGCUCAUUUGUGGAAGCAGUGGACGCUAUCUUCGUAAAACUACAACAGCCGGGUUCAGACAGUGUGUCUAUGAUCCUAAACCAGGACUGCCAGACUAUUGGCUCAGUGGUGCUCAACCUUCAUGCCCCAAAGUUAAUUGUGGCGUUCCUCAACCAACCCCAGGAGCUGAAUAUGGCCAAUAUGCCGAUACCAGAUACCAAAGCUCCUUCUAUUUCGGUUGCCAAAAUACAUUUAAGUUAGCUGGGCAAAGUAGCAAACAUGACAAUAUCGUUCGCUGCCAGGCAAAUGGAGUCUGGGACUUUGGAGAUCUACGGUGCGAAGGACCGGUUUGCGAUGACCCAGGUCGUCCUAGUGACGGUCACCAAAUUGCCCGGAGUUAUGAGCAAGGUUCAGAGGUUUACUUCGGUUGCAACAGGCCGGGAUAUAUUCUCAUAAAUCCACGCCCACUAACAUGUAUUCGUGAGCCAGAAUGUAAAGUCGUCAGGCCGUUGGGUCUUGCGUCUGGAAAAAUUCCAGAUUCAGCUAUUAACGCAACUACAGAGAGGCGCAAUUACGAAGCCCGCAAUGUAAGGUUAAACUCGGUAACUGGUUGGUGCGGUAAACAAGAAGCAUUCACUUACGUUAGUGUCGAUUUGGGAAAAGUGUAUCGCGUCAAAGCCAUUCUUGUAAAAGGAGUAGUGACCAACGAUAUUGUUGGGCGACCCACUGAAAUCAGAUUCUUCUAUAAACAGGCCGAAAAUGAGAAUUAUGUCGUUUAUUUCCCCAAUUUUAACUUGACAAUGAGAGAUCCUGGAAAUUAUGGAGAGCUAGCUAUGAUCUCCCUACCAAAAUAUGUUCAAGCUCGCUUUGUUAUAUUGGGAAUUGUGAGCUACAUGGAUAACGCUUGCCUAAAAUUUGAACUGAUGGGUUGUGAUGAACCGUCAGUGGAGCCACUUUUGGGAUAUGAUAACGGAUACUCUCCGUGUGUUGAUAACGAAACACCCGUAUUCCAAAACUGUCCCCUGCAACCUAUUUUGGUGCAAAAAGACGCUAAUGGAGGUUUACUUCCUGUAAACUUCACCGAACCCAGCGCUGUUGACAAUUCUGGAACAAUAGCUCGGUUGGAAGUGAAACCUCAAAAUUUCCAUACACCUUCCUAUGUCUUUGAAGAUCUUGUAGUUAAAUACGUAGCAUUUGACUAUGACGGGAAUGUCGCAAUCUGCGAAAUAAACAUAACUGUACCUGAUAACACACCGCCUAUGUUGAGUUGUCCUCAAAGCUACGUUAUCGAAUUAGUCGAUCAGCAGGAAAGUUAUUCGGUGAACUUUAAUGAAACACGUAGAAGAAUUGAAGCUUCCGACGCGUCUGGGGAGGUGCACUUGCAGUUUAAACCCGACAGGGCCACUAUCGCUGUUGGAUCAUUUGAAAAUGUUACGGUUAUUGCCAGUGACAAAUAUGGAAAUCGUGCAACUUGUCACUUUCAAGUUCUAAUACAACCAUCUCCUUGUGUGGAUUGGGAAUUAUCACCUCCUGUUAACGGCGCCUUAAACUGCUUGCCAGGAGAUAAGGGAUUACAAUGUAUAGCAACGUGUAACCCUGGGUACCGAUUUACCGAUGGAGAGCCGGUAAAAACAUUCACAUGUACAAAGUUGCACUGGAAACCCACAGCGGUUGUUCCUGACUGCGUCUCUGAAAAUACCGAACAGGCUGACUAUCACGUAACUGCCACUGUCAAUUACCGAGCUAAUGGCGCUGUGGCGAGAGCCUGUCUAACUCAAUACGCCGAUUUAGUCACGCAGUAUUACACCAACUUAAAUGCGAUUUUAUCCCAACGGUGCUCAGCGGUAAACGUCGACAUGAGCGUUUCAUUUAUAAAAUCCGUUCCAUCACUCAUUGAAGAAAAUGUUGUUAAGAUCGACUAUAUUGUCGCUAUUUUACCUGCUAUUCGUCAGCCUCAGCUAUACGACUUGUGUGGUUCAACAUUGAACCUAAUCUUCGAUUUAUCUGUUCCUUAUGCUAGCGCGGUUAUUGAACCUUUACUGAACAUAUCGUCCAUUGGCAAUCAAUGUCCACCAUUAAAAGCACUAAAAUCCACAAUCGCUCGUGGGUUCACUUGCAAUAUAGGCGAAGUACUAAAUAUGGACACAAACGAUGUACCUAGAUGCUUGCACUGUCCUGCUGGAACAUUUGCCGGAGAGAAGCAAAAAGAAUGCACAUACUGUCCUCGAGGUUUCUAUCAAAAUCAAGAUCGUCAAGGCUCUUGCAUACAGUGUCCAACUGGUCGAUACACAAGAGAAGAAGGUUCCAAAAGCGUUCAUGAUUGCAUACCGGUUUGUGGUUAUGGCACUUACUCACCAACUGGCUUGGUACCAUGUUUGGAGUGUCCUCGGAACAGCUUUACGGGCGAACCUCCGGCUGGCGGGUUUAAAGAUUGCCAAGCUUGUCCCGCCAAUAGCUAUACUUACCAACCGUCUUCUCCACGAAAAGAUCUUUGCCGACCAAAGUGCAAUCCCGGUUAUUAUUCGCCAACCGGUUUGGCCCCUUGCACUUUGUGUCCCAGAAAUUUCUACCAAUCCCAAAGCGGGCAAACGACAUGCUCAGAAUGUCCAACAAACAUGUUGACUGAAGCACCAGGAGCAACUGGUCGGGAGGAGUGUGGAACUGUGCAGUGUACAGAAACCGCUUGUCAACAUGGCGGAUUAUGCGUUCCUUUAGGUCACGACAUACAAUGUUUCUGCCCUGCCGGAUUUUCUGGACGACGAUGUGAGAUCGACAUAGAUGAGUGCUCGUCACAACCCUGCUACAACGGCGGUUCCUGUAUUGAUCUGCCACAAGGUUACAGAUGCCAAUGCGCUCCCGGUUAUUCAGGAAUAAACUGCCAGGAAGAAAGGUCAGACUGUAGAAACAACACAUGUCCAGAAAGAGCAAUGUGCAAAGACGAACCUGGUUAUAACAACUACACAUGCUUAUGCAGAUCUGGCUAUACGGGAAUAGAUUGUGAUGUUACGAUAGAUCCAUGUACCGCGAAUGGUAACCCAUGCAACAAUGGUGCAACUUGCAUUGCCUUACAACAAGGUAGGUAUAUGUGCGAAUGCUUACCAGGAUGGGAAGGGCAGCAUUGCGAAAUAAACACCGAUGAUUGUUCGGAAAAACCGUGCCUUUUGGGUUCCAAUUGUACAGAUCUCGUCGCCGAUUUUAACUGUAAUUGCCCAUCCGGGUUUACCGGAAAACGAUGUCAACAGAAAAUUGAUCUUUGUAGUCGCAAGCCAUGUAAAAAUGGCAUAUGUGCUGAUAAACUAUUUUACCACGAAUGCGUGUGCUACCCUGGAUGGACCGGCGAAAAUUGCGAGUCUAACAUUAACGACUGUGUAAACGAACCGUGCGAAAACGAUGGACAAUGUAUUGACCUUAUAGAUGAUUUUACUUGUAAAUGUGAACCAGGCUACACCGGUAAGCGUUGCCAACAUACAAUUGACUACUGCUCUUCCGAACCGUGCCAAAAUGGUGCAACAUGCAAAGACCAAGUCGAUGGUUUCGCUUGCAAAUGCAGGCCUGGAUUCGUAGGUCUUCAAUGUGAAGCCGAAAUUGAUGAGUGCCUAAGCGACCCUUGCAAUCCGGUUGGAACUGAAAAAUGUAUUGAUAUGGACAACAAGUUCAUGUGUAUGUGUAGGGAAGGUUUUUCAGGCACAGUUUGUGAGGAAAAUAUUGACGAUUGCAAAUCGCAACCUUGUUUGAACGGUGGCUCGUGCAUGGAUGAGGUGGGAUCUUACCAUUGCGUUUGUCCACCUGGCUGGACAGGGGAAAAUUGCGAGCACGAUAUAGGAACAUGUCAAAAUCGCCCUUGCCAGAAUGACGCCAAGUGUAUUAAUCUUUUCUUAGACUAUUUUUGCGUAUGCCCAUCUGGAACGGAUGGAAAGCAGUGUGAAACAGCACCCGAACGUUGCAUUGGCAACCCUUGUAUGCACGGAGGAAAAUGUCAAGAUUUUGGUUCGGGUCUUAAUUGCUCGUGCCCUACAACUUUCACUGGGGUCGGAUGUCAGUACGAGUAUGACGCCUGCUCCCUUGGAGCUUGCAAGAAUGGCGCCACAUGCACCGACCACGGCGCAGGUUUUAAGUGUGUGUGCCCUGCUGGCUAUACAGGAAAGUAUUGCGAAGAAGAUAUCAUUGAUUGCAAGGAAAAUUCCUGUCCACCAAGUGCCACCUGCAUCGAUUUAAUUGGCAAAUUUUAUUGUCAAUGUCCGUUCAAUUUAACUGGAGAAGACUGUCGAAAAACAAUUACUGUUGAUUACGAUUUGUACUUCAGCGACGCCACGCGGAGUUCGGCAGCUCAAAUUAUUCCAUUUUACAGCGGAGGUAAAUCUAGCUUAACUAUUGCAAUGUGGGUCCAAUUUACCCAACGAGAUGACAAUGGAAUAUUCUUUACAUUAUACAGCACUGGUACCAAGCACAUACCAACUAAUCGACGGGUCAUGGUUCAAGCACAUUCUAAUGGUGUUCAAAUCUCUCUUUUCCCAGAGUUACAGGAUGUUUACUUAAGCUACAGGGAGUACACCACGAUUAAUGACGCGCAAUGGCAUCACAUUGCAAUCGUCUGGGAUGGCGAUAAUGGUGGCGAAUUGAAAUUGAUUACUGAAGGCUUAAUUGCUAGUAAAGUUGAUGGAUAUGGAGGUGGUAGAAAAUUGCCAGACUACGCAUGGGUCACGUUAGGAAAACCGCGAACGGAAAAUUCGAAGACAUACACAGAGUCAGGUUUUCAAGGUCACCUUACAAAAGUGCAGGUUUGGAAUCGCGCACUGGAUGUCACCAACGAAGUUCAAAAACAAGUCCGUGACUGUCGCACUGAACCUGUAUUAUAUCGGGACCUAAUUCUCACUUGGGCAGGUUAUGAAGAUACAGUAGGGGGCGUGGAGCGUAUUGUUCCGUCGCAUUGCGGACAACGUAAUUGUCCUCCUGGUUAUUCCGGUGCAAAAUGUGAAGAGUUAUCUACUGACAAAAUUCCUCCAAGAGUGGAGUAUUGUCCUGGGGACUUAUGGGUAAUCGCGAAGAACGGAUCUGCUAUUGUUUCCUGGGAUGAACCUCAUUUCAGCGAUAACGUUGAUGUGGUAAAAGUCCAGGAGAAGAAUGGCCACCGGCCGGGACAAACCCUUUUGUGGGGUAUUUACCAAAUUGCCUAUGUCGCCUACGACGCUGCUGGUAACACCGCAACGUGCGCAUUUAAAGUAUCUUUAUUAUCCGAAUUCUGUCCGGAAUUGGAAGACCCAAUUGGAGGUGUUCAAACUUGCAAAGACUGGGGCGCGGGGGGACAAUUUAAAGUGUGCGAAAUCUCUUGCAACCAAGGCCUUCGAUUUUCACAGGAUGUACCUAAAUUUUACACAUGCGGAGCUGAGGGAUUCUGGCGACCCACAACUAACCCACUACUACCGAUGGUUUACCCGGCAUGCGCUGUCUCUAAACCUGCUCAAAGGGUAUUUAAAAUAGCUAUGCUCUUCCCCACGUCGGUACUCUGUAAUGAAGCAGGCCAAGGCGUUCUGAAGCAGAAAGUCCGAAACGCGAUCAAUGCUCUGAACAGAGAUUGGAAUUUCUGCUCGUUUUCGGUCGAGGGCACUCGAGAAUGUAAGGAGCUUAAUAUUGACGUCAAAUGCGACCACAGGAUGAGUAGAUCAACCAGGCAAGCUCCAAAGGUGGAAGAGGGUGGAAAAUAUGUUGUUAAUGCCAGAGUUCCGAUUGAAAGAACUGCACGCCAAGGACACCAACAGUCAAGUGACACCUACAACGUAGAGAUCUCCUUCCCGUCUAUCAAUGAUCCUAUCUUAAAUUCAAAUACAAAUGAAAGAUCUUAUGUAAAACGAUUGUUGGAGAAAUUAAUAUUGGAAGACGAUCAAUUUGAUGUUCAUGAAAUUUUACCUAACACAGUACCUGAUCCGGCUUCACUCUCAUUGGAAUCAGAUUAUGCGUGUCCUUUGGGACAAGUUGUAAUAGCACCCGAUUGUGUGCCCUGUGCUCUUGGUACCUACUACGAUCGCGGAUCUAAAACGUGUAUCUCCUGUCCAUUGGGAACGUACCAAAGUGAAACCGGUCAAUCGCAGUGUUCCUCGUGUCCGGUUAUAGCGGGUCGACCUGGAGUCACUGUCGGAACCGGAGCACGAAGUGCGGCAGAUUGCAAAGAACGUUGUCCUGCCGGGAAAUAUUUUGACCAUGACUCUGGGUUAUGUCGAAGUUGUGGUCAUGGUUUUUAUCAGUCUGACGAAGGAGCGUUUUCGUGCAAAAUCUGCGGACUUGGAAAAACAACGCGUACUGGCGAAGCAGUAUCCCUUAAGGAGUGCAGAGAUGAAUGCGGCAGUGGAAUGCAACUUGGUUUGGAAGGUAAAUGUGAACCUUGCCCCCGUGGAACGUACAGAAUGCAAGGUGUCCAACCGAUUUGUCAAAGCUGUCCUGUAACCAGAACUACGCCAAAAGUUGGUUCAUCUACUAUUGAAGAGUGUUCCUUGCCAGUUUGUGCACCUGGUCACUACUUAAAUGGCACCAUUAAUAGUUGCAUUCCGUGCAAGAAGGGCUGGUACCAACCCAAUUCUCAACAAACGCAAUGCUUGCCAUGUCCUCCCAAUCAAAGCACGAAAGGGAUUGCAUCCACUUCCAAAGAUGAAUGCACUAAUCCCUGUGAAAUGCACGGUACCGAAAUGCACUGCGAUGCCAAUGCUUACUGUUUGCUUAUCCCAGAAACAAGCGACUUCAAAUGUGAGUGUAAGCCUGGAUUUAAUGGUACUGGUAAAACAUGUACGGACGUGUGCGACAAUUAUUGUCUUAAUGAGGGAUCGUGCAUUAAGGAUCCGCGUGGACAACCGACAUGUCGAUGCGUUGGAAGCUUUACUGGCAAACAUUGUGCUGAAAAAUCAGAGUUUGCGUACAUUGCCGGUGGAAUUGCUGCAACAGUUAUCUUAAUUAUAUUUAUUGUAUUACUAAUAUGGAUGAUUUGUGCAAGGGCAAACCACAGAAAGGAACCGAAAAAACUGUUAACACCCGCUACCGACCAGAAUGGCUCGCAAGUGAACUUCUACUAUGGUGCUCCGACACCCUACGCUGAAAGCAUAGCACCCAGCCAUCAUUCCACCUACGCCCAUUACUAUGAUGAUGAAGAAGACGGAUGGGAAAUGCCGAACUUUUACAAUGAAACGUACAUGAAAGAAGGUCUUCACAAUGGUGUUAAUGGGAAAAUGAAUAGUUUGGCCAGAUCGAAUGCCAGUAUUUAUGGAACCAAAGAUGACUUAUAUGAUAGAUUAAAACGACAUGCGUACACAGGAAAAAAAGAUAAAAGCGAUAGUGACAGUGAAGGUCAAUAGAUGAUAUUAUUCUGGUCAGAAACAAUAGUUAAUGCUCAAAUAGUGCAAGGAUCGUUACUUAGUGUGGGAGACAUUGUGUGCCGCGAAUUAUUCAAUAUAAUUAGGACGAUAUAGGUACGUAAUAAUAAAAUUGAUAUUUUAAACACGCAAAA